AAUGGCAGCUGAGGAAUCCGUCGACGGUCCAUAUUACCUCGAAAAAGUUUUAAUUCCAGAGGACUCCGAGGAUGAAUAUACAUACGACGAAGUGACUGUCGACGACGAAUUCAGCAUAACUGAGGGGGAAGAGGACUUGGAAACUGUCGUUAAAGCAGCACGGGAUCAUACCGAAUGCACAAGUCAGAGUGUCAGUUCAGCCAGACAUCCAGUUCCUAAAAUACCUGAGGUGGUGGACGACUUUCUCCGCAAUUAUCUGGUAAAAAUGGGCAUGAAAAGAACACUAGACUGCUUCCAGACAGAGUGGUUUGAGAUGAUACACAAAGGCUUAAUUAAAACAGACCAAAUGGAAUUCGUACCUGAUGCCUAUACACACAACCAGCUCCUGGACAAUGAGCUAAAAAACAUACAAGGAGAGCGGGAUAGCUAUAAACAGGCUGCAUUUGAAGCUGGAGAAACCAUUGUAAAGCUCCAAAGAGAGAGAGACUUCCACAAGAUGCAGCACAAGCGUGUUGUUCAAGAGAAGAAUAGACUUAUUGAGGACAUAAAAAAGCUGAAGAAACACUAUGCGUCCUACGAGCCUGCUCUUAGACAGCUAAACGAUAAGUAUCAGACAGCUGUGAGGCAGAAGAUGCUGGUUAGUCUGGAGAGAGACAAAGCGUUCAGCCAGGUUCAGAACCUAGACUCUCUACGUACCACGCAUUCUUGCCCAGGAACUCGAACAGCUCUAAAAGCUGCAAACCCUGCACAGGAAAGAGAAAAAACCCAGAAAGGAGCACACCCGCCAUGUGACAACAAUGCAUCAUACGAUGCUAUAAAAGACCCCAACAAGAACACAAAACAUCCUAAGGAUUCAGAAUUCCCAGCCAGCACUCGCGUCAAUCCCUACUUGCCUCAAAUCAAAGCUUUCUCUUCUGUCAACACCAAAUCAGCCAACUACUCUCUCUCAAAGUCUUUUAAAGCACACACAAUGGCAGUAAGCUUCCUCGCUCUCCAUCCCCGUAAAAUGAUAGUAGCCUCCUCAAGUGAUGACCACCUUUGGAGAUUAUGGGGAAUACCAGAGGGAGAGAUGAUCAUGACUGGCGAGGGUCACACUGAUUGGCUGUCAUCCUGUAGUUUCCAUCCCAGUGGUGGUUACCUGGGUACCACAAGUGGGGACGCCACAGUUAAAAUUUGGGACUUUGCUCAAGGUCGAUGCAUGCUCAGUUUGGAGGGACACAUCCACGCCACCUGGGCCUGUUCCUUCCAUUCAUGUGGUGAUUUUGUGGCCUCUUGUUCUAUGGAUAACACUGCUAAAGUGUGGGACUUGAAUAGCGAGCGUUGCCGCUGCACUCUGCGUGGACACGUUGACUCUGUGAACAGCAUUUCUUUCCUGCCCUUCUCAAAUAUUUUACUAACCUGCUCGGCAGACAAGACCCUCUCUCUUUGGGAUGCCCGCGCUGGAUUGUGUGCCCAAACUUUCUACGGCCACAAGCAUUCAUGCAACCAUGCAGCCCUCAAUGCCACCGGUGACACAAUUGCUUCGUGCGACUCUUUUGGGGUGGUCAAAUUAUGGGAUGUGAGGAAUGUGUCAGCAAUGGUGUCCAUAGACACUGGGCCUCAUCCCAGCAAUCAAGUGGCCUUCAGUCCAAAUGGAAGAAUGCUAGCAGUGGCGAGUAACGAUGGCUCUGUGAAAACCGUAGAAGUGGCAUCUUUACAUAUGUCUAGUCUAAUAGCUCAUGAUGAUGCCGUUCAGAGUGUCAUUUUUGACCAUAAAGGGGAAUACAUUCUAUCUGCAGGCUCUGAUGGUGCAAUUCACAUCUGGUCAUAACAAAACAUAUUUACAAUGGGUGAGAAAUGGUCAAAAUUUUAAUACAUUCUGACAUCCUUUGUUAUUAAUAAAUAUGCAUGUAGGCCUAUUUGUUUAAAAAUAAAACAAAGUUUCCUGCACACAACAGACAAGCUUCUAAAUUCUGGAAGAAUUUUAUUAUAAGCUUU